CGGUUUGGGGGCGUAAUUCAGCUACAAUGUAUGCCAGUUUACAAGGAGAACAAGCUCACGAAAACGGGCCAUAUAUAGCGUCUGCAUCCCCUCCGGACCAUUCGUGGAUAGCUGCUUGGCUUGACGUUCAGUCUCAUCCCUCCUUGACAUCUUGACAGAACCAUCGAGCUAGAGCUGCAACGAUGGCGAGAAUUCCAAAAAUCACGAACACGUACUUCGUGGCUAUCGUGGCCACUGUCGGCGGAAUGCUGUUCGGUUUCGACAUUUCGUCCAUGUCCGCCAUCGUCGUCACGGAGCAGUAUAUCAACUACUUCAAUAACCCGUCAGGUCUAGUUCAGGGCGCUAUUGGCUCUUCUCUUGCUGCUGGAUCCGUGCUCGGCAGCUUGAUCGCCGGCCCCGUUUCAGACAAAUGGGGUCGUCGUGACAGUAUCAUGUUCGCCUGUCUUUGGUGGCUUAUGGGCACGGCAGUUCAGGUUGCUUGCAAGGACUACGGCACGCUCAUUGCCGGCCGCAUUCUGAACGGUGUCUGUGUCGGUAUCACCUCUUCUCAGGUUCCCGUCUAUCUCGCCGAGAUUGCGAAAAGAGAAACCCGAGGCCGUCUUGUCAUUAUCCAGCAACUCGCCAUCGAAUGGGGUAUCCUGAUCAUGUACUUCAUCGGCUACGGCUGCUCUUUCAUCGAGAAGGGGAUUCCCGGAAGCAGUGCCUCAUUCCGCACCGCGUGGGGGACCCAGUUCAUCCCCUGCGUUCUUCUGAUGGUCGGACUUCCCUUCCUCCCGCGCUCACCUCGCUGGCUGGCCAAGGUUGGCCGCGAUGAGGAGGCCAUCCAGACCCUUGCCGAUAUCCAGGCUGGUGGUAACCGUGCCGACCCCCUGGUUAUUGCGGAAUGGGAGGAGAUCUCUACCACUUUGCAAGCAGAACGCGAGGUUGGAAAUGGAUGGAAGAUGUUCUUCAAAAAUGGAAUGUGGAAAAGAACACUUGCUGGUGUCUCGGUCCAGGCAUGGCAGCAAAUGUCGGGCGCCAAUGUUAUUGUGUACUACAUUGGAUACGUUUUUUCGAUGGCUGGACUUUCUGGUGAUAUCAAUUUGAUUUCUGGCGGUGUGCAAUAUGCGCUAUUCAUCAUUUUCACUACUGUCAUGUUCUUCUUCAUCGACAAAACCGGCCGACGAACCCUCUUAAUCUGGGGAUCUAUUGGCAUGGCCAUCUGCCACUUCGUAGUGGGAGGCAUGCUCGGCUCGUAUGGUGUAUCCGUCCCUGAAGGUGUCAACGGCAACGCCAACGUUGUCAUCAAGGUCGAGGGCGCAGCCUCGCAUACCGUUAUCGCCUUUAGCUACCUGCUGAUUAUUGUCUACGCCCUCACCCUAGCCCCCGUCGCGUGGAUCUACGCCGCCGAGGUCUGGAGUCUGGGAACCCGCGCAACGGGCAUGGCCAUGGCAGCCGAGGCCAACUGGCUCUUCAACUUUGCCCUGGGUCUCUUCACGCCGCCGGCUUUCGUCACUAUUACCUGGAAGGUAUUCAUCAUUUUUGGCGUGCUGUGUAUCGCUGCUGCGGCCCAGGCGUUUCUUACGUACCCCGAAACUUGCGGGAAAACAAUUGAAGAAAUCGAGGGCCUGUUUGCUAAGGGGGCCCCGUAUGCGUGGACUACCAAGAAGGGUGGCUCGCGUCUCGAGGAGAAGAUCCAACACGUUGCUGAGCGCAAGGAGAAUGGAGAGUAUUUGGUUGUGCCGAUUCAUCAAGAGAAUGCUACUGCUGAUCAGAAGGUAUAAUUACGUACUUAGUGGAAAUAUAUAUUGGAGGAAGGCUGUACUUGCUCAGAGUGGCAGGGGCUGGCACUCAAGGUCCAUGGCGGAAGCUUUAUCUUGCAUGCCAAAGGCAUCGUGAGCCAAUUAUCACUCGAGAUACCGUGCA